GUGACAGCCUACGAGGCCAGUGGCCGUGACCAGCCCCUGCCCAGCCUCCUGCACACAGCAAACAGCUCUAAAGUGGAGUUUGUCCUGGCUGGGGUGGCUCCACGGGGCAACGGCUCCCGAUUUGCGCUGGAGGUGGCCACAGUGGAGGAGACAGGGGCGAUGCAGAAGCUGCGCUCCACACGCUCCAUCGACGACGAGUACACUCCCACCAUCUUCGAGAUGCUCUCCCUGGUAGCUGAGUCCCAAAACGACAGCUCUGCGCUCAGCUUCCUGCAGUGGAAGGCGACAGCCUACGGCUCCAGGACCCCCGGGCGCGAGGACAACAUCCAGUGCCGCUCUCAUGGUCUGCAAGCAGCCAACUGGAGCCUGCCCAGGUCCACCAUUGUCCACGCCUACUUUGGGGAGGGUGUUGGCAGCACCUACACCAUCAGCGCCAUCAACAUCUCUUUUGGGGGAGAGGAGGGGAAGGUUUACCAGGAGAAGCGCUACCUCAGCUGGUCGGCACUGCUGGGCUUUGGGCAGCCCCCUAAGGACACCUUCUCCCCCCUCGUCAUCUCCAUCAUGGCUGUGGCACUGGGCACCCCCAUGGUGAUGCUCCUGGUGGGCAGCUGCCUGGUCCUCUUUGCCCAGAGGAAACGCUACUCUGAGUACGAGCCCAUCAACUGA